AUGUCAAACGCAGGCAGCAAACCAAAGCUAAGAGUGGCAAUCGUCGGCGCUGGCCCAGCAGGCUUAGGUGCGGCAAUUGAAUUUCAAAAGCUCCCCUUUGUUGAGCUUCGGAUUUACGAACAAGCCCGAGAGUUACGUGAGAUCGGUGCCGGUAUAAGUAUUCAACGGAAUACAUGGCGCAUGUUAGACGCGUUGGGUGUUUAUGAUAAUAUCGAUCCAAGUACCGUCUUCAGCGCCGCAGAUGGGCACUCCGUACAGCAUCGCAAUGGACGAACGGGAGAAUUACUACAAUCUAGCGGACAACAUGACACCCCCCCUCGACAUAAACAUGCCAGAGCCUUGCGCUCUGUACUUCAGCAAGCACUUCUGAAAGCCGUGGAUAAAGAAAAGCUACGACUUUCAAGUCGACUUGUUGAGAUCCAUGAAUUGCCAAACAAGGCAUUGUCAUUGCAAUUUCAGGAUGGACAUGCGGAUGAGGCGGAUCUCCUCAUAGGAGCUGACGGUGUUCGAUCGGUUGUCCGUCAAUUCUCCUUCCCGGACCAUCGUAUCAGCUAUACCGGUACAACAGCCUUCCGAGCCCUUGUAAACGCGGACGAUAUUCUGAGCAUCCCCAACUUUCCUGACGCCGUGACCUUUUGGCAUGGUCCCACAAGGUGGGUAUAUACCUGCAACCUCAACAGAGGAAUAUAUGAGGUUACGGCGAGAACGGACCUUCCAGAGACUAGCGAAACGGUCAGUUGGGGACAGGACGCUAGUCCCGAUGAAUUUAUAGGGCUAUAUGAGGACUUCGCACCAAUUAUUCAAGACGUCCUUAGUAAAGUGGGAGAAGUGAAGAAAUUUCCCCUCUUCGCAGGGCCGCGUUUGUCGAAGGUCAUCUCACAUGGUUCUAUUGCAUUGAUUGGGGAUGCGUCUCAUCCAUUAUCUGGAGCCUUUGGUGCUGGAGCCGGAUUCGCAUUGGAAGACGUGUAUGUGCUCACUCAAGCAGUGAAAUGGGCACAUGAACGCCAUCUUCCAGUUAUUGAUGCUUUGACUCUAUAUGACAGAGUUCGAUCACCGCAUUACAAGGAUAUGUAUGAUAUUCUGGAUGGCUUCCGGGCAUCUGAUACUUCAAUCAAGGGUCUAACGUCCUUUAAUGAUAUUGUGGUGGCUAAUAUUCAAAACAAAUGGACUGAUGACCACCAUUGGCUGUAUCAUUACGAUGUGCAAGAAGUAUGGAGAAAGGCGUACGAGGAGGAAGAUGGUCGUCGCGUACGAAAGGUUCAUGAUACAAAGGACAUUAAUGUACAUUCUCAUUUGUAG